AAACCUCCCACAAAAAUUGGCCGGUAAUGCAGUUCUCUUCAGUGACAAUUCACAUAACCUGCAAUGUCGUGACAAAAAAAUGUUCCGUCGCAAUGAAAUCGCUGCUUUGGCGAUUCUAGCAAGUGUGUGCCUCCUUUUGGUCGUUUUCAAUCAAAAGGAGGCCCCCAGGUACCCCCCAUUCGACGACGACCGCCCCAACGUGUCCCACAUAACCUUAAAAGACGUUGUCAAGAUGCAACAACAAAACAACGAACUGGCCCUCAGGGAUUACCCCUUUCCGACAGGCAAGUCUUUAAGUGAUUACACACCGGUGAGCGGCGGCAGCCCCCUUCGGACGAUCAUUGUGACGACUUGGCGCUCCGGGUCCACUUUUUUGGGGGAUGUACUGAACGCAGUCCCGGGGAACUACUACCAUUAUGAGCCCCUUCUAGACUACGGGAUUGUCCAAAUCAGGGGGCCCCCGUACGCGGACUCCGCCCUCACCAACUUGAAAAAUCUCCUCAACUGUGAUUACUCGAACAUGGAGAAUUAUCUCGAGUUCGGGAAAGAGCACACUUAUUUAUUUAUCCAUAAUCGGAGGUUAUGGAAUUUGUGCGAAGCUUUUCCCCAGUAUUGUUUCAACAGUCGAUUUCUGAGCCAACUGUGUCAAGUUUUCCCCUUUCAGUCGAUGAAAACAGUCAGGAUGCGUUUGAGGCUCGUUGAGGAGCUCCUCAAGGACCCAAAGUUGAACGUCAAAGUGCUACUUUUGGUGAGGGACCCCAGGGGCACUCUUCAAUCAAGGAAGCACCGAAAUUGGUGUCCGGGGGCCCCAGAUUGUGAUAAACCCAACUUGGUGUGCGCUGAUAUGGUAGCUGAUUAUAGUGCUGCUAUUCAGUUGAAAAAACUGUAUCCGGAUCGGUUCAGGGCCAUUCGUUACGAGGACCUUUGCGCCGAUCCCUACGGCCACGUCCACAGCCUAUUUGAUUUUUUCGGUUUGUAUUUCCAUCCAGCUGUUCGAGAUUUUCUCGAUUCGCAUACGAAACAAGACGCUGGUGGUGUCUCAAGUACGCAUCGUGAUACGAAAAACGCCCCGUUUCGGUGGCGCACCGAACUCAAUUUUUCCGAAAUCCAGUACAUCGAAGACAGCUGUGAUCAAGCGAUGAAACUUUGGGGAUAUGUUCGUGUAAGUGACGAGGUACAAAUGCGCGAGUUACAACCGCUUAUUACCAACUAUACGAUACAGUAAAAUUACAGGAAACUGUAAUUUGAUUUGAUAGAAUUAAGUACAAAAACAACGCUUUGGCGCGAUCUCCCUUUUGGUAAAUUUCGUUACCAAAUUGUAUUGCAAUAAUGACGUAAUUUUUUGCUCCGAGCACUUUGUUCGUCUCCCUAUUAGUCAAUUGUUUGAACGAAAUAAUAUCACGUAGAUGCAUAUCUUUCGACUAAUCAUAGUGUGCCUUGUACACUGAGCACUCGAUUUUUGCACAUAAUGAGCCUUUUUAGAAUACGACACGCCACAAUCACGUUUUGGGCUUCCAGAUAUUUCAAAUUUGACCGGUUUUUGAAAAAAAUGCUUAACAACAUUGUGAUUUAUUUUGUUAUUUUGUUACGUAUUUAUUUGUUAAGAUAGGUAUUAGCAUUUGUUUUUUUAUAUGGAUUAUUUUACAUAAUCAAGUAUACUGAGGUGGCCUACUGAUCACGUGUUAUAUACAUUCACGUAAUUAUAAAUAAACAACCAAUUAUA